GCAAGAGAUUGUUUAGUAUACUGUCACCUCAAUGAUGAACGCUUGGAAUAAUCAUGACAUGAAUGAGACGCUUUCAUAACAAUAGUCCGUUGUGAGCCCAACACAGAGGUGAAUGUAAAGUGACAGUCGUGCAAGAGAUUGCCUGAUAAUAUGUAAAAGCGAGUCUCGUUGUGGUUACUUAAACCGAUACUUUACAUACAACCUGAACUACAAGGCGCUUUGUCGACAGUCGUUCGUGAGGGCUUGAUUGCUUAACGCUGUUUGAAAAAAACUAUGCCUUGCAGUAACGUUGUGGGCACAUUGAGAGACUCGAAAAUAAAUCCUUUACUAACAUGUUCGGUGUGUGCAGUUGUUCUGCUUUUGUGCGUAUUGGUGUCCGUUGUGAUAACCGUAUGGACUAUGCCGGACAUUAAACCAGUAGAUGGAAAUACAAACAUAUGUUUAAAAAGCAACGGCGAGGUUAAAUGCACAGAAACAGCUGCAACUUUAAAACAUUUGUUGGAAAAAGAGAUUGCUAUUGUGUACGAACGAACCGUUUCACAAGAUGCUUCGGACACCAAGACAUAUUUUGAUGAAAAUGUGAAGAUUGAGCUCAAAAAUGAUUACCUUGCAUCGAUCCCCGAAAUGAAACCGGCUGCAAAGCUUGUAGGCCAACAAUCAAGCAAACAUACAGGCACUGAUACAACGCGAGACAAUCCAGAUGACAUGAAAACUGUGUUGUCGUGGUUCAGCGGCAGAGACUUAGAUUACACGACAGGUUUCAUGAGAUACGGAAUGAGAUACCAGAACGGUCGCCUGAUUGUUCCUCUUACUGGCACGUACAACAUCUACUCCUUUCUGAGUUUGACUGAAAACAAUGACUCCCCGGAGGUACGAAAUGGGAAUGGGAAUGCGAACAACACCCUGGUUAAGCAUGCAAUGUACAAAUACAAUGUCAAACUAGCACACGACGUGGAACUAGCAUCUUCUGUGCAAACACAUCGGCUGUCGACCAAUAGAAAUUUCAACGCGUUCAGUUCACAAAUCUCUACUUUGGUGCAAUUAGAGGCUGGAGACGAAAUUUCUGUUAAAAUCAGCAAUAUUGCACUGAUGUCUUAUCCUGGUGAUAAUUUUUUUGGUGUACACAUGAUUUGACUAGGGCCCGUAUUCACCAAACAAUUCUUAGACUUAAGUCUAAGAAUAAAGAAAAUUCUUUAAAUUAGAAUAUUCAAGAAUUUAUUUAUUUUUGAGUCAAACUCUGCAGUAAACAUCUCUUUCUAUAUUAUUCUUCAUAUAGAACAUUUUGUUUAUGACAUAAUCACCAGUGGAGGCCUGUUUAUAUUUAAACACUGAACACAUUUUUCUUGGUUCUAAGUCUAUUCUUUAUUCUUAAGUCUAAGAAUCGGUUGAUGAAUACGGGCCUAGAAGCUCCACAGACGUCCACCACCGUGGGAUUGCGUGCUCGUCGCGUGGAUGCUUUCGACUGAAGAUCCCACAUUACAGUUAUACACAUUGAUAAGUCAAGUUUCUCAAACACACUAUAUACUUUGUUCGGGACAUUGGUUUGAAUGGUAAUGUGUUAUAUUUACGAAUCAUCUAUACAAUCAAUAUUAACUGGGGGUUAUAUUUUUUGUAGAGUUAUUUGUAUGUAAAACACGGGACCAUAACUAGUUUGCAUUCAGUCUAUAUCGGAACACUAGUAGGUUAUUUUCGAAAAAAAACAAACACAUUGUUCAGUUUAUAUAUCCGUUUUGUUACAGAAGAGAAGCUAGUCACAUGUAAUUUUUACUUUACUAUUUUUUAUUUCACAGCAUUGGAGCAAAAAGGUACCAUUUGACAAUGAAAUAAGAAUGCAGAUGGUACUUUUGUGCAUCAAUUGGGCGAAUAUAUAAUAUAUAUUAUGUAGAAAUGACGAUUGACAAUAAAUUGUAUUGUCAAUCGUCAUUUCUAAAAAAUCGAUAUGAUAUAUGAUUAUACACAUGGUGAGACUCUUGACAAUGUAUUUAUCCCACAGUCUACCUCAUAGCUCGCUAAACGAGCUGUAUGUUUGCAUUGCUAUUUCAGCGGACAUGUUACGCUGUAUGCUUUCAAACAAAUAACCCGAAAAAAAAGUUGCAUAUUUUUCUUAAACACUAUUAAAUCCUUUUAAUUGUUAGAUUUUGAUGUUUAAAAUAAAUAAUUGCAACGUA